AGUUCUUGUGAGACAAUUGACAAUUUUAUUAGUGCAUAUUAGUUAGUGUAUAGUUAUUAUAAUAAAGCUGUGUACACUUGUGGAAAAAUAUAUUAAUAAAUAUUAAUCUUGGUAGAGUGUAAAUUUGACAAGUAGACUAUAGAAGUGAACUUCGUAUUUCAGGUUAGUUCUUGUGAGACAAUUGACAAUUUUAUUAGUGUAUAUUAGUUAGUGUAUAGUUAUUAUAAUGAGUUCCCGGCGAAAACAAGGUUUAGCAGCAUUGGUGGUAUAUAGUUUAGUUAAAAAAAGAAAUAAGACAGUAAAAAAAAAAAAUGUGGGUUAGGGAAUGGAUUGCCAAAAGAGAAGAAGAGGGAGUUUAUGCAAAGUUGUUGAAAGAACUCGAGUAUCAAGACGUAAGUUCUUAUGAAAAUUUUAUAAGAAUGACCCAUCAGGAUUUUCAGCAUUUGCUGGAACGAAUUGCUCCAAGAAUUACAAAACAAGAUACUCACCUAAGAAAAUCAAUAUCACCAUCUGAGCGGUUAACACUGACACUGAGAUUUCUUGCUACUGGUGACAGUUAUCAGUCAUUAAGUUAUUUGUUUCGGAUUCCACCAACAACUAUUUCUCGCAUUGUUCCGGAGGUGUGUGAUGCUCUGUACUUGGAAUUGAAAAAUGAUUAUUUGAAGGUAUGA